UAUUGAUGCUCAGACGGGUAACAUGGACCUGGUGAGUCACCUGGAUUACGAGGCAAACAAAGAAUACACUCUAAGAAUCAGAGCUCAGGAUGGAGGACGCCCCCCGCUCUCCAACAUCAGCGGCUUGGUUACGGUGCAGGUGCUGGAUGUUAACGACAACGUCCCCAUUUUUGUCAGCACUCCAUUCCAGGCCACCGUGCUGGAGAACGUGCCGCUGGGCUACUCCAUCAUCCACAUCCAAGCUGUGGAUGCCGACUCUGGCAGCAACUCCAGGCUGGAGUAUCGCCUCACUGAAACCACGUCAAACUUCCCCUUCUCCAUCAACAACAGCACAGGGUGGAUUGUAGUGUCAGCCGAGCUGGACAGGGAGAGUGUCGAGUUUUACAACUUUGGAGUGGAGGCCCGAGACCAGGGCUACCCUGUCAUGUCCUCCUCUGCCAGCAUCAGCAUGACUAUUCUAGACGUCAACGACAACAACCCAGAGUUCACUCAGAAGGCCUACUAUAGGCGACUUAAUGAGGAUGCAGCCGUGGGGACCAGCGUGGUGACUGUGUCAGCUGUGGACCAGGACAUCAACAGUGUGGUGACCUAUCAGAUAUCCAGCGGAAACACCCGCAACAGAUUCUCCAUCACGAGUCAGAGCGGAGGGGGGCUCAUCACACUGGCGCUGCCUUUAGACUACAAACUAGAGCGCCAGUCGCUAGGCGCCAGUGCGCCUGACUGUCACUGCAAGUGA